CCGGUCCGCGCUCCUCCCACGGUGAGCUUUUGUAGUUCGAACUUCGAACACUAUUCAUACCAUGAGACUUUCAACCUCACGCAGAGGUCGAAAAGUAAAAUAUGGAGACCCUCUCAAGAGUUUUGUCCUUUAACAGCAUUAACUCUGCAGAGCUAACCAAUUCAAUUCCAUUCCUCAUUCGAAGAACACCUCCGUUUCAUCGUGUUCGUACCCGUUCAAGCAGAACUUCAGGAACUCUAGCUUUUAGAAGCUCUCUCCGAGAUAAUGAAAUUGCAAGAGAAGAGGAUGUUCUACAAAUAUUCUUGAAGGAAAGACAGUUGAGUGGAGAUUUUAUAUCAAAAGCUUCUGACAUACUCUUGAGAAGUGAUAUCUUGAAUUUUGUUGAUUCAGAUUCUAGUGUGUUGGAAGAGAAUCCUCAACAGUUGGACAAGGUCAUGGAAAAUAAAAAUGAUGGUGGUUUUCUGAAACUGACCAAAACCCAAGAGUGGGUGUCGGGAGACACUAGUGCACCGAUAAAUAAGAAAGCCAUGGCCAAGGAUUUGCGUAAUGAUAGCGAAAGAAGGAAAAAGCUAAACCUUCUCAGAUAUGAAGCUCUUAAAAGGGAAUUGGUGGUUCUAACAUCUGGAAUUGGAAUAGCAUGCAGUGGAUAUUGUCUUGUAGUAUUUUCUGUCCAGGCUGCUGUAAGUUAUGCUGCAGGAGUUCUUCUAAGUUGUUUGUAUCUCCAGCUAUUGUAUCAUCACACUGACAACAUGUCCAAGGAAAACAUUCCUCAGAUUUUUAUGCAGAAGAAAUCAAAGAAAAUAGGAAUAAGAAGUGAGGACCUAAAGAAUCUGUUAGAGAGAUCAAUCAAAGGCAGUGCCAUUGCUCUUUCAUCACCAAGGCUCAUGAUCCCUGUAGCAAUUUAUGGAUUUUGGACCCUGUCUCAGCAUUUGACAAAUGAUUUCUUUGAUUUCCAGCUUGUUCCAGCAAUGUUUGGGAUGUUUGCAUACAAGGCUGCUGCACUGGUUCAAGUUUAUAGGGACAAUGAAGAUCUGAGAUUUAUCUUUCCAGAGAGUGAAGAUGGCUCAAGUGACUUUGAAUAAUGGCUCCACUUCUAGAACUAUGAAGAGCUCAGAGUACGGUUUCACCAUUUCAUCUUACGAAAAGAACUUGAUAUCAUUCAAGUGUUGAACUUAAAGAUGUAUCUAGAAUGUGGCUUCCUGAAAACCACAAUUACAGAUCUCAGCAGACACCAAAAAGCACCUUGACAUAAUCAGAGAAGGGAAUAUCCAGAGUUUGAGAAGCAUAAUUGCCACAAAUCUCAAAUUUGUGUUGCUUAAAAGUUUUUUUUUUUCUUUUUUUGGGUAGGAAAAUGGCUAGACAACAGGGGGCAGCCCUCCCCGAAAUAUUCAGAUUUCACCAAAAUAAAAAAUAAAGUGAUUGUCUGAAGUUCGAAUUCUUACCCAUGACCACCAUGGGAAUGCAAAAAAAACUGGCUCCUGCAGGUCCAUUCAAAAUUCUUUGGCUCUAGUAUUGUGAGUUUGCGACUACAUGAGCCUCUCACUUUUCCUCUUA